AUCUGUUGGAGCAGUUACUGUUGGAACAACAUCAAACAACCUCCAGUCUGUUUACUUCAGUUUGUCACAAUGUGUGAAGUUUUGUUGACUAGUGUCCAAGAGGAUUUUGAUAGUUUAAUUUACAAAUAUUCUUUGUUAAGAAGUUAUGAUUUUGAGGAUUUUACAAAAAUAUGGAAUGAAAUGAAAUUUUUCUAUGUUUAUUGUGGAAGACCUACUGAAUUGGAGAUGAGAUUUUUCACCCAACAUGUCCUUACAUUUGCCAAGAAUAUGAUUCUUAAUAAAGGAGCUAGUGAGUGGGAUCGUGUGGGUGCAUUGUACCUUCUUCAUUGUUUAUAUUAUACUCAACCGCUUUUGAAAGCGGUUGAGAUUCGUAUUAAUCAUAUAGAUUUGAAGGAAUUGGUACAGUUCGUGGAGUCUGUUCGUGCGAACAGUUUUGAUCCUGUGUACGCAUUAAUGAAGCUCUGCUUUGACCAUGCUUUCCACUUUGUUUAUUGUGAUAUUCCAAAAACGAUUGAGAAGGCUGGUAAGAUUGACUUGAAUGCGUUGAGUAAAUUGAACGAUGAAGGUGAGAUGAAAGAACAGAGGCAAUGCAUGAUAGAACUUAUCAAGAAAGCGAAAAUUGAUGAAAAAGAAUGGCGUUCAGUUGAAAAUGACUAUAACAACACUAUGGUUAGAUUGUCACAGAUGGCAAUCGGACCUUCUAAGCUGAACUUCACUUCAUCUGAUUUUUUCAAGGAUAUAUUGUUUCCAGAAAAAAAUGGUCCAUCUGUAUCAGAUGUAGGUGAAUCCAGUCAUGGCUUCAAACCGUCCCAGGCAAAACGUAGAAAACAAAGGCUGUUAAAGAUGAUGGUUGAGGGCUUGCUGACUAAGGAGGAAGAUGGCGAUGAGGGGCCACAUCCGGAUGGAGAAUCUCUUCCGAUGUUAGACUCAACCCUAGAUGUGUGA